AUGCUCUCUGGGGGAGUGACCUCGCUGGUGACACCAGGGCGUAAUGAGUUGCGGUUCCGUAAGCCACAACGCCUCGGUGGUUUCAAAAAUGAAUUGUUCCCCGUGGGGAAGCAAAGCCAUGGCCAAAUCAAGCACAGGCGCCCCUUUGUGAGUGUUUGGCCUUCACUAAUGGAAAAAGAUGGUAAUAUCAUAGACAAGGUCAUGGCGCUGGAACUGGAAACCUUUUCGGAUGAGGAGGCUGCGUACCUUGUCUCGCCGGACUCGCCGCAUUCUCACGUUAUCGAUGAAGUGGUGGAUGCCCUUUUUGAAGUUUUUUCCACGGCGCCGAAGCAGUGUUCAUGGAAUACUCCAGGAAUCCGGCCAGAAUGGAAGUAUGAGUUGCGUCUUGCAGGGGAGUGGUGGCUCUCCCUGCGCGUUUUACCCUGCACUGUGAACUGGAAGGAGCACUACCCACCACUUAUCCCAUUUGCGCUGCGAAAUACUAAGACUGAGAACCAGUUUAUUGCCGAUCUCGCCCUUCACAUGGGUCGCAGAUGCGCUGUAUUCUCGCUUCUUCAUCUUGACCAUAUCACGCUAACCCCUGAUCGGGCAUGUGUACUAGUCUUUGAUGGGAUUUUGCGCAACGCUUCCCGAAAUUUACAAUGCCUCUCAUUCCCCUUCUGUGAGAUUGGCGCCGCUACACUUUUAUUGCUUUUGUGCGCUUUAACUCAAUGUCACUCACUGCAGCCCCAACUACGAUAUCUAAACCUCUGCUACAAUUGGAUUGAUGCCUCGUGUUUAAACAUGAUCGCCAUGCUCUUGAGGCGCACAUCCAUUCGACGAUUAAGCUUACAAGGCAAUCGCCUCGGUGGCGGCAAUAUGUCGUUCUUUUGCGAUUUCCUCCUUCAAGGUUGUUUCAUGCUUGAAGAGUUGGACCUUAGUUAUACCAGUCUUACACAUGCCGAGGUGUGUGCCCUCAUUAGCUGUCUCCCGAAACUGCAAAAUCUUGAGGUGCUAAUUCUCAACGGCGUGGAAAUACCUGAAAGUAAGGCAGCGGCAUUCUCAACCGCCGUACGAAAGUCAAAUCUCACGUAUGUGUCACUCAAGGGGACUAGCGCGUGCUCAGGUAAGGCGUAUCUUUAUCAUAUUGCUAUGGCCUGUCAGCAAAAUCGUGCAGCACGUGGGGUCUUGCGUGAUCAGUUUCUGAUGCGGUGCCUGGCGGAAACGGGAAGCUUUUUUGAGGCGUUUGCGCGAAGAACGUCUGAGUGGCUUUGUCCAAACGAUAGUUCUCUACCCGUGUCGUAUCGCGCAUUUGUCACAAAUGAACCUUCUCUUUCGCCCACCGAGAACCUUUGA